GCUGACUCGAGCUUCCGGUCCCGAGCGUCACGUGACCAGGAAACAAGGAAGUGUUGUCUGAAACAGAAACAGGGCCGAGUCUGUUCCUGUGUUUUUCUCACCGGGGGAGGAAUCACUCACUCACACUCUUCACGCGCUCAUCAGACACCGAGCAGAGGGAAGGAGAGGAGGGAAGCUUCCACACUUUAGAUUAGAUUAUGGAGAUGGGCUCGAGGCGCUCGUGCCCGCUGAGUUUGUUCACCUGUGUCGUAAUCUGCGUCACUUUGUGGAGUCACCUGAGCUGCGGAGUGUUCUCAGUAUCCUCCUACAGGAGACCCAACAUCGUCCUGAUCCUCACUGACGACUUAGACAUUGCUAUCGGGGGUCUGAGUCCACUCAAGAAGACGAAAAAGCUCAUUGGUGAUGCAGGGAUAUCAUUCUCAAACGCAUUUGUGGCGAGCCCGCUGUGCUGUCCCAGCCGAGCCAGCAUCCUGACGGGGAAGUAUCCCCACAACCACCAUGUCAUCAACAACACGAUAGAGGGGAACUGCAGCAGCACACAGUGGCAGAAGAGCGAGGAGGCUCACACCUUCCCCGCCAUACUGAAGAACCACGGGUACCAGACCUUCUUUGCUGGGAAGUACCUCAACCAGUACGGUCACUCGGACGCUGGCGGGAUGGAGCAUGUUCCUCCAGGCUGGAGUUACUGGGUCGGACUGGAGAAGAACUCCAAAUAUUAUAACUACACUCUGUCAGUGGACGGGAAACCUCAGAAACAUGGAGCUGAGUACAGCAAAGACUACCUGACCGACGUGUUGGCCAACAUGUCUCUGGACUUCCUAAUGUACAAGUCAAACUACCAGCCCUUCUUCAUGAUGGUGUCCACGCCGGCCCCACACUCCCCGUGGACGUCCGCCCCACAGUAUCAGAACAGCUUCAACAGCACGAAAGCUCCCAGAGACCCGAACUUCAACGUCCACGGGAAGGACAAACACUGGCUGAUCCGUCAGGCUAAAACUCCCAUGACCAACUCCUCCAUUCAGUUUCUGGACGACGCUUUCAGGAACCGGUGGAGAACUUUACUGUCCGUGGACGACCUGGUGGAGAAAAUCGUGAAGAGGUUAGAGGUCAGAGGGGAACUGGACAACACGUACGUCUUCUUCACCUCCGACAACGGCUACCACACAGGUCAGUUCUCUCUUCCUCUGGAUAAGCGGCAGCUCUACGAGUUUGACAUCAGAGUUCCUCUCAUGGUCCGAGGACCGAACAUCAAACCCAACCAGACCAACGAGCUGCUGGUGGCCAAUGUGGAUCUCGGUCCGACCAUCCUGGACAUCGCUGGCUUCGACGUCAACAAAACACAGAUGGACGGCAUGUCGUUCCUGCAGGUCAUGGAGGGGCAGACGAACAGCAGCACCUGGAGAACCGACAUCCUGGUGGAGUACGAGGGCGAGGGGAGGAACGUGUCGGACCCGUCCUGCCCCCUGCUGGGACCCGGCGUGUCGGAGUGUUUCCCUGACUGUGUGUGUGAGGACUCCUACAACAACACCUACGCGUGUGUGCGCACCGUCGCCCCCUCUGCUGACCUGCAGUACUGCGAGUUUGAUGAUAACGAGGUGUUUGUAGAAGUCUACAACGUGACGGCAGACCCCUUCCAGCUGAAGAACAUCGCAAAAACCAUCGACCAGGAAGUCCUGGAGAAGAUGAACCACCGGCUGAUGAUGCUGCAGUCCUGCAACGGACAGUCGUGUCGGACGCCCGGCGUGUACGAUCCAAGUUAUAAAUUCGACCCUCGGCAGAUGUUUACGAGCCACAGCUGGCGGCUCAGCAGACUCUGGCAGAGGAUGAAAUAAGAGGGAGAAGAUGAAUGGAGGGAGGAGACGGAGGAAGAAGGGCUGUGUGGUUCUUUGUAUGCAGCCUGUCCUGCUGUUGUUGCCUUGUUUUCGGGCCUCCUGAGCCAGUUUCUCUGUAGACGGAUGGAGAAGGGAUCAGGUGGGGUCGGGUUGUAGGAGGAGGAGGUCUCUUUGGGUGCAGGACCCGCCUGUAGAGCUUCCAGUGUGGGCUGCUGUUUCAUGAGUUUAGUCGUUUGAUGUGCAGGGAAGCCAAAUUUGUUCAGGAUGGAUCGAGACGCUCGAGCCAUUUAUUCACUUCCUGUUUUUUUAUAUGAGAUUUAAAUCACUGAAUGUCCGUCAUAUCGAUUUAAAGCUAAAGUAUGACCCAGUUCUUCUUCAUCGUGACACUUUCAUAUCACUGAUCCAAACAGACAAGUGCGUGUACGUUAAAUUCAAGUUGCCUGGAUUUAUUUUGGUCCAAAAGAAUUUGUUCGGGGUCGCAAAUUUGAUCAUUUUGAGGGAAAAGGAAACUCUCAUCGGCCUCCAACUGCUACAGAUAUUUAGUGUUUCUUUUAAGUUUGUCUCCAUUUCAAAUUGUUGCGUUACAUUUUUAAAGGUUAUUCAUUUUCAAUUUUUGCGAGGAAUAUGUUAGAAAAUCAGCUGUUUCAUUCGUAUGUUUUUCAAAACAACAAAACAUCAUUUUAUCUUACUAUAUUAUCAACAGAAGGUACUUCUAAGUGACUAUGCUCAUACUUCAUUUUAUUUAGUAUUUUUCCAUUUAAAUUUAAUUUAAUAGAAGUUAAAAGCAUGUUUUUUUUUUCAUUUUUGCUGAAGAAUCCAAACAAGCAAUUUAUCUGUUUGUUAAUUUUGCCUUUAAAUGUUUGCACAAUUAGAGAGCUGGCCAAUAAAACCAAAUGUACAUCAAAUUAAGUAUGUGCAAACUUUAUGUAUCCAGUGAUAAUUCAUCAAACUGAUUUUUAAAGCCCCGACACAAAAAUCAACACGCUGCUGUCGUCACGUAAUAAUUUCAUGUGAGCCGACAGACUGCAGCAAAACUUCAAACGCUUAAAAUGUGCAAUCAAAAACCUCCAGCUCCACAAAUCUGACCCAAAGAGAAGCAUAAGUAUGCUUUAGUUAUCCCCCUUCAAAAUGAAAAGGUGACCUUUGACCUUAGAGUUUACCAGAGCUGUCUUUAGAUCACAGCUUCCUUUAAGAAGUGAAGAGUUAGGGCCUGUGUCCAAUGACAGCUUCUUUUAUUCAACAGCAUUUUAAAAAGACACUUUAAAAAACAGUUGAUAGAAACGUGUCGUAGCAUUAGCAGCUGCUCUAAAACUAACCCUUGAUCGUGAUUGGUCAGCGAUGAGAAGCGAUAUUAAUGAGCACAAUGGUGUUCCAGAAGUUCCAAACAUUUUCAAAAGAGAGUGCUGAGCAUUUCUUUGCACUGAGGAUGCUAAGUGCUAACCAACAACAGUCCUUGCUAAUUUUGUCCUGUACAUGGUUAAUUAUUGUUUACUGAUUAAAUAUAUCCUCCUGAUCUCUUCUAACAGUCUUCACACACUAAAAUAAGCAACCUUGAAAUAGUUACUCUUCUUUUUGGUGGUCUUCUUUUAUUUUUAAGUGCUAAAAAAAAAUACAUAAAUGGACACGGGCCUUUAUGAAAGUAAUGAUGGACACAGGCCCUUAAGGUUAUGACUAUUUAUAGGACAGAUGCAUCUAUCUUACCUUAAGGAAGGACAAAAACAGUCAGAGAAGAGCGCCACCUAGAAGAAGAUCAUUAGUAGACAUCAUUUUUAAUUUCAGUCUCUUUCAUAAUCAGCUAAUAAUUCCUCAUAGGAGCUUUAAAUAGGGUGCCCUUAAGGUAGUCAUAAUGGACACAGGCCCUUAUGGAAGUCUAUGAUGGACACAGGCCCUUAUGGAAGUCUAUGAUGGAUACAGGCCCUUAUGGAAGUCUAUGAUGGACACAGGCCCUUAUGGAAGUCAUAAUGGACACAGGCCCUUAUGGAAGUCUAUGAUGGACACAGGCCCUUAUGGAAGUCUAUGAUGGACACAGGCCCUCAUGGAAGUCAUAAUGGACACAGGCCCUUAUUGAAGUCAUAAUGGACACAGGCCCUUAUGGAAGUCAUAAUGGACACAGUCCCUCAUGGAAGUCAUAAUGGACACAGGCCCUUAUGGAAGUCUAUGAUGGACACAGGACCUUAUGGAAGCGAAUAUUCAUAGGAUAGAGGUGUUAGUGAUCUUACGUAUAGAACGCACACAAACUUUCAGAAAGAAGAGCGCCCCCUAGAGGAAGAUUCACAAACAGACACAUUAUAGUUUUAUCAGAACUGAGUGCCUACAGACAGAGCCCACGUUUUUCCCCUGAAUACACACUGACAGCCGCCUACACUUCAUUUCUCAGCAGACUUAAAAUUUUAGAAACAGGAAUAUCAAACAUCAGCUCGUUAGCAAACAGUGUUAAAAAGGUCUCUUUGAAUCGCAUAGAGUGCUGCAGGAAUGAGUCCUGGAACCUGGAGAAGAGGUCGUCAGAAACCAUUAACGCCUGUAUGCCAAAGAGCUCAUUUUUGUUAGAACUCAGAAUCCACACGAAUAAUCCCGCCGGCUUUAAGCUCAGCCGGCGGAACACGUCAUACCUGCAGCACUUUAUCUCCUCAUAAUCAGAGAGCACGUUAGUGAAGAACAACUUCUGUGAUAGGUUCAAAUGAUUCUUAGCGGCAUCGAUGAACACCUUAAUCUAACUCAAUAAAUCAUUAAGCUCA